UCAACUGCUCCAGUCCCUCCGAUAUCAGAUUCAUACUUUGGCAUCAUCCAAGAGAAAUUGUGGCGGGAACCCUUCUGGCUCCUCAUCGCCGUGACGUUUCUCAACAAGACAACCGGUCGUGCCGCAGUACCCGUUUUCUGGGAGCUGAAGAAAAGAUACAUCACCCCUGAGGCACUUUCAGAUGCCCCACAGGAGGAAUUGGAAGCCCUGAUAUGGCAUCUCGGGCUGCAACGCCAACGAAGCAAGCGUCUGAUCAGCAUGGCACGGGCGUGGAUCGCGGCGCCUCCGAAGCAAGGUGUCAGAUUCAGAACGCUACACUAUCCUUCCAAAACCGAUGGGAAAGAGUAUAAGACUACCGAGCCCGUGGAGGUCGAUGCGGACGAUUGCGCUGGCGCCCUCGAAAUCGGGCAUAUUCCAGGCUGUGGGCCGUAUGCAUGGGAUAGUUGGCGGAUCUUCUGUCGUGAUGUCCUCCGAUGUGUCGCGCAUGACUACAACGGCAGCGAGGCGGAGAUUCAGGGAUUCAUUCCGGAGUGGAUGAGGGUCUUGCCCGGGGACAAGGAGCUUCGGGCGUGUCUGCGGUGGAUGUGGCUUCGUGAAGGAUGGAUCUGGAAUUGCGAGACUGGGGCGAAGAGGCGGGCUAUGGAUGACGAGAUGGAAAGGGCA